AAGGAAGAGAGAGAUAAAAAAUAAGAGAAAAGAAAAGCAACAAGAAAAUUAAAGAAAAAAAAAUCCGGAAUAAAGCAGAGCAAAGAAAAAUGGCCUCAUUUCAAAUACCGCUCAUCAAUCUGGAGGUGGGCGAGGUGAAGGAGAUUGUCUGGGAGAAGAUCAGGGAGCCGGUGAAUCAGCGUCGGCUCAUUCUGGUCAUCGUAUCGAUUGCCCUGCUGCUGGAUAACAUGUUAUAUAUGGUGAUUGUGCCGAUUAUACCCGACUAUCUGCGCGAGAUUGGCAGCUUCGAUGAUGGGCCGACGCCGCCGCCGUUGCGCGACAAUGUUACCGGCCGGAUAAUACCGGUACAUCAUGAUCAUCAUGGCCAAGACUCGGCGACGGGCAUACUGUUCGCCUCCAAGGCGAUUGUCCAGCUGAUGGUGAAUCCGUUCUCGGGCGGUCUAAUCGACAAAAUUGGCUACGAUAUACCCAUGAUGAUUGGGCUGACCAUCAUGUUCUUCUCCACGGCCGUCUUCGCCUGCGGCACCAGCUACAGUGUUCUCUUCUUUGCGCGCUCCCUACAAGGCGCCGGCUCCGCCUUUGCGGACACUUCAGGUCUGGCCAUGAUUGCGGAUCGUUUUACGGAGGAGAACGAGCGCUCUCAGGCGCUGGGCAUUGCGCUGGCCUUUAUCAGUUUCGGCUGCCUGGUGGCGCCACCUUUUGGUGGAGCGCUCUAUCAAUUUGCCGGCAAGGAGGUGCCGUUUCUUAUACUUGCCCUCGUCUGCCUGCUGGAUGGCCUGAUGCUGUUGCUGGUCAUGAAGCCGUUCAAGGAACAGAUCAAGAUGAGCAAGGAGGUCCAGAAUCAGGUCAUACCCAUCUGGCGCCUACUCAUGGAUCCGUAUAUUGCCGUUUGUGCCGGCGCCCUGACCAUGUCUAAUGUGGCGCUCGCCUUCCUGGAGCCGACCAUCUCGCUGUGGAUGGAGGAUACGAUGACAACGGAAAACUGGAAAAUCGGCAUGGUCUGGCUGCCCGCCUUCUUUCCGCACGUGCUGGGAGUAAUAAUUACGGUGAAAAUGGCCCGAAAAUAUCCGCAACAUCAGUGGCUAAUGGCAGCCGGCGGCCUGGCCUUGGAGGGUCUGUCCUGCUUCGUGAUACCUUUCUGCAGCGGCUACAAGAUGUUGAUGCUCCCGAUCUGCGUGAUCUGCUUUGGCAUUGCGUUGAUAGACACCGCCCUGUUGCCCACGCUGGGCUACCUGGUGGAUGUCCGCUACGUGUCCGUCUACGGCAGCAUCUAUGCCAUUGCGGACAUCUCGUACUCGAUUGCGUAUGCCGUGGGCCCGAUCAUUGCCGGCGGCAUUGUGGAGGCAAUUGGCUUUACGGCGCUUAACUUUUUGAUCGCCUUCUCGAAUCUGGCCUAUGUACCUGUGCUCCGCAAGCUGCGCAACAUUUACGACUUUAAGCCGUUCGAGAACGAGGCGAACAUCUUGAUGCAGGAUCCGCCAAACAAGGAGUACCAGACCUAUGUCAUGCACGACCAGAAGCCCGUCGACGGCGAGCUCAAGAAUCAUCUCGAGUAUGGCCAGCAAUACCAGCCGGAGCAGCAGGAGACCAGCCUGGACGAUCAGCAGCAGCAGUACGAGUAUCAGGCGGCGGACGGCUAUCAGCAGGAUCAGAGCUAUCAGCCGGGCUACCAGGAACAGGGCGGCAGCUAUGCCCAGCCGCGUGUCGCGAAUCCUUUCCAGCAGCCGCCAAGCAGAGCUCCGGCACCAGCAAAUCCCUUCAGACAAGGAUUUUAAACUGUUGUCAAAAGUAUUUUGAUUCAUUUUUGUUUUCAUUUGGAAAUAUUUGUUAUACUUACACGUAUUCAGUUAGGAUAUUACCUAUAUAUAUAUAUAUAUUGCAAGUGGUACGUACACUAUAAAAUGCAUAUAUGGCAUGCAAAUAGUUUGAGCAGCUGUUUUGUAUAAUACACGAUCGCCAGUUGAGUUAAAUGGAAAAACGCACUAUAUAGUAUAUAUAUAUAUAUAUCCAGCCCGAUGCCGAUGUCGGGCCCUAUAUUAUACAGAAGCUAGAGAAACCAAAGCAUAGUCAUAAUUGGAUCGAACUCAGGGAGCAGGAGCAUUGCCUGUUCUCAGCUCUGAUCCUUGACAGAUAUCACACACAUAUAUAUAUUUAUAUAUAUACAAACUAGUUGGUAAGCGGCAUAGCUGAUCCGACUCCACUGUGCCCCAGAUCCGUCGUGGUUAACCAGGCAAUGGCAUUCAUAUCGCAGACAUAUCACAAGUUGCACAAAUCGAAUACCCAACCCAAGGUAUACCCUUUCGUUUGUCAUUGCGACGGAACUGUGCGCAGCAUACAGUGGCGGCUGAUCGGUAGUGCCAUAUUAUUUAACGAUUAAAUUUUGCGUUCAUUGAUUUUUAACAUAAGACACAACCAAGGUAACGAUACAUAUCAGAGUCUCGAUGGCUCGCCUGUUAAAAUUACCAAAAGUGAUAUUAACUAUUGCUAUAUACAUGUAGAAUCAUAAUUAUAUAUCGUAUAUAUAUAUAUAUAUACCGUAUCAUAUCGAUAUUUUAGGCCGUAAUAAGUAUAAUGAAAACAAUUUGAAAAUAUUAGAUGUUUCAUAUUUACCUACCAAUCAAUUAUUAUUUGCUUGUCGCCAGAUGGUAAACCCUCUCUAUGAAGGUAUAUACCCGUUGCCAUAGCAGCUCGACGAUAGCAUAGCAUAAAUGUGUGUACCUUGUGUCUAAAGUGAGAUGCAUUAUCUAAACGUAGUUAUACUAACAAUUGAUAUAUAUAUACAAAUAUAUAUAUAUAUAUAUUUCAAUUCACUUCGAUUGCCGCACUUUUUGAGAGCAGUUUAUUGCUCCUAUAUAUAUUAUACACCCAACUACUUUUAGCCUGGUCUAAAUAUAGAGCCUUAAGUAAACUGAAUUUUUGUAUACAUACCAACCCAUUUGCUAACCAUGCAGAUAAUUAUUAUUAUGCAGUAGUUAUCACAUAUAAAUAUAUGGUAUAUAUACAUACAGAUACAAAUUAAAAUAGGUUUUUAAUGUGUAUUUGGCGAAUUAAGCUACUUAUUAUAUGGACAAAAAAAAAAAAAAACACUUGAACAUUCGAUAUCCGUAAACAUAUCAGUGACACGGCCAUUUUCAAAUUAAUAGCAAGCUUAUCUAAUCUACGAGUAUAUAUUUAUACAGUUAGAACAUUAUCUAUGGGUUAUUCUGAGAAAUUUUUAAGAGCAGUGCCUAGUUUAUAUGCUCUAACAUAUACAACAUACACUGAAAAUGAUUUCUUUCUACAUUUUAAAAUGUAGCCAAGAAAUUUCUUUAUUUCAGUCACAUUUCUUGUUUUGAAAAGAACAUUUUCUUGCUUGGAAAAUAUGUUUAUUAAACAAUAGCAUCAAAAUAUUUUUUGGCGAUUUUUAAAGUUGUGGAAAACAGUUAAUUUGAGUGUACAAUGGGUUAUUUUGCUCUCAUAUCGAACAUACACUGAAAAUUAUUUCCACAUUUUACUAUUUUCGUAUUUCUUGUUUUUUCUUAAAUAAAUUUUCUUGCUUGGACGAAAUGAUCAUGAAGCAACAUUGUUCAUAAACAUUUGAUGGCUAUUUUUUUUUAAAGUUGUGGAAAACAAUUUUUUCGAGUGUACACACAUAUAUAUACACAUAUCCGUGUAACUAGCAAAUGCACUGAUUUUCAAAGCAAUUAGUUAAGCAAAGUUUUGAAGUUUCGGCUAAGAUUUUGAAUAAAUAUUGUUUGAUUGCACGGCGUCAUUUGAUCAAUUACCUAAAACGUCUAUUAUUAUUAUUUUAUAAUAUAGGAAUAUAUAUAUAUAACUUUUAAGAGUUCUACAUAAUAACGCGCUUUAGCAAUAUGUAUAACUACAUAAUGAAUAAAACUCAUGAAAAAAUCUCCCAUCAAAUGUAUCAAUUAAAAAAAAAAAACAACAACGUACAGACCGUGCGAACAGAAUCUAAAUGCAAAACUAUAUUAUACGUAUAUAGCAAAACAAAUUUAUAUGCAUAAACAAAAAUUACAAAAAACAAAUAGUUUAUAUAUAUAUGUAUGUAUGCCUAUGAUCCAUGUUCACAAGAAAAAAGUCACUCAAAGGAUCAUUGAAAGCACAUUACAGCGAAAUCUGAAAGAUAUUGCUACCAUCUGUUUCGAAAUGAACCAAAAUAUAAUAAUAGAUAUUUCAGUAUAACAAAUUCAACACGCAUAUGUAUAUUUAAUGGACAUUUCUAAAAGCAAUAUACAAAAUAGUUACAAAUACUUUGAAAUUGUUUACAAAAUCUAGGCAUAAAUCUGUAAAACAAUAUGUUAUGCAAUUCUUCUGCAAAUGGUCUUGUAUUUCAAUCCCAACAUGUUCUUCGAAUUUCAGUUAGGAUUUAUACAAGUUGCCAUAAGAAGAAGAAUAAUCUUCCAGAAUUGAAUUAUAAAUAAAACGAUUAUAAAUAUGAAUUUUAAAAUUAACAAAAAAAAAACGGUUUGUAACUGACUGGAGAGUCCGCGGGAAUUGCACAACACUAUCGAGUGCUCCUUUACUAUAUACAGUAAAUUGGCAUUCCGAAACAGUGUUGUAAAGUUUUCGGGGAUCUUCAUUUAAAGCUUACAGAACACGCAACAGUGCCGGCAAUGUGUAAUAUCUAACAAAAUUUUCUAAAAACAAGCAAAGAAGAGAAGCAAAAAAAAACU